AUGGACGUCGCUCACCCCACGGCAGGCUGGGAGCAACUUGGCGGACGCUUCUACCGCAAGAUCCAACUAUACACGCAGGUUUUUGACCAGGACCGCGACCUCGACAACUACCUUGUCGCGGGGGCGCAAUACGGCGGGGCGAUAGCGCUGUAUCGCGAUGAGGAAAAGCUCGUCGCCUUCCAUCCGGCAAGGUCCACCAAGCCCAGCAUAGAAAUCUACAGCUGCGCCGGCAAGCCAAUCCGCAGCAUCCCCUGGGACAAAGGCUCCAUCCGGGGCCUCGGCUGGUCCGAGGACGAGAAGCUGCUGGUGGUGACAGCGGACGGCACCGUCAGAUGCUACUACGACCUCCAGGGAGAUUUUACCCAGUUUUCUCUCGGCAAUGGCGCCGACGAUGUUGGUGUCAGCUCUUGCCGCUUCUACGGCCACGGGCUGGUCGCGCUGUUGUCAAACAAUGCUCUUGUUUCGGUCUCGUCGCUGGACGAGCCGCGCCCGAAGCUCCUGGCGUCGCCCCCCGAGGGCAAGGUUCACGCGUGGACCUUGAUCCCGCCUGCGUAUACCCUAUCGCGCUCCGUCGAGGUCCUCUUGAGCAUCGAGCAGACCGUCUACUUGUCCGACGCCACCGAGUGCGAGGACCGCUUCCUAGACAUCGGCCCCUUCACCCACAUCGCUGUCUCGCCCAACGGCAAGUUUGCCGCAUUGUACACAGCCUCGGGUCAGGCACAUGUCAUUACGAGCGAUUUCCAGAACCGCCUGAGCGAGCACGAUUCUAAAUCUAAGAUCGUCCCAAAGUACUUUGAAUGGUGCGGCAACGAUGCCGUCGUAACCGCGUGGGAGGACGAAGUCCAUCUUGUCGGUCCUGCCGGGUCGCUGGCCAAGUUUUAUUACGACAAUGGCCGGGUCCAUAUUGUCCCAGACUUUGAUGGAGUUCGCAUCAUCUCCAACGACACGUGCGACUUUCUGCAGAAGGUCCCCGAUGUCAUUGAAGACGUCUUCCGCCUCGGUACAGACUCGCCGGCAUCCAUACUCCUGGAUGCCGUCGAGCAGCUCGAGAUGCAGUCGCCAAAGGCUGAUGACAACAUCCAGCUGAUCCGAUCCCACUUAGUUGAGGCGGUCGAUACGUGCGUGAACGCUGCGGGCCAUGAAUUCAACAUACACUGGCAAAAGCAGCUCCUCAAAGCUGCCUCGUUUGGCAAAUCGGUGCUUGACAUCUACAACAGCGACGACUUUGUCGAUAUGUGUGAAACUCUGCGCGUCCUCAAUGCCAUCCGCUUCUACCAGGUAGGCCUUCCGUUGUCGUAUGAGCAGUUCCAGCACCUCUCACCCUCAGCGCUCAUUACGCGUCUACUCAACCGCCACGAGUACCUGCUGGCCCUCCGGAUAGCCGGAUACCUGCGCCUGCCCACAGAUAAGAUCUAUGUGCACUGGGCUUCCGCAAAGGUCCGUGUCGGUGCCGAGGACGAUGACGCCAUCUGCCGCAAGGUGGUUGAGAAGCUCUCGGGGAAGCCGGGCAUUUCCUUCGAGGCUAUUGCCCGUGCCGCUUACGACGAAGGAAGGGGCCGGCUAGCUACGGAGCUCCUGAACCACGAACCGCGCGCCGGCCGCCAGGUGCCGCUGCUGCUUAGCAUGGAGGAGGACGAGGUUGCUCUAGACAAGGCUAUCGAGAGUGGUGAUACGGACUUGGUGUACUUUGUGCUGCACCAGCUCAAGCGCAAGCUGCCGCUCGUAGCGUUUUUCCGUGUCAUCAACGCUCGACCCACAGCCACGGCACUAGUAGAGGCGUCGGCGCGCCUCAGCGACGAAGAUGACCGCGAGGACACGGCACUGCUCAAAGAUCUGUACUACCAGGAUGACCGCCGGCUGGAUGGGGCCUCUGUGUUUGUCCGCGAGGCGCUACGCCAGUCUGACAGCCGGACCGCGGUCGACAAACUAGCGCUCGCUGCUAAGCUUCUCACUGAUAACGCCAAAGAAAACACAUUUGAGUUGAGCGCGCUCAAGGAGGCAGCUACGUUGCUCCGCAUGCAGGAGGCCUUUGACCGUGAUCUGACUGACACCUUCACGGGGCUGUCGGUCAACCAAACCAUAUUCAAGCUAAUACGGCUCGGCUACCACGGGCGAGCCAAGAAGAUCCAUAGCGAGUUCAAGGUGCCGGAAAAGGUCGUCUGGUGGAUUCGGCUGCAGGCACUUGUGGCCAAGAGAGACUGGAACGAAAUUGAGGAGGUGUCGCGGACGCGAAAGAGCCCCAUCGGCUGGGAGCCAUUUUACAGCCAGACAUUGCAGGCGGGUAAUCCACGACUGGCCGCCCUUUUCAUCCCAAAAUGCACGGGACUCGAAGUCGGACAGGCCAUCACCAUGUACGAGAAGUGCGGCAUGCGUGUCAAGGCAGCAGAGGAGGCGGUCAAGAUCAAGGACGCCGAAGCGUGGAGCAAGCUUCUCGAAGCAGCGGGUAGGGACACUCAAGAGGGGCGCGAGAUUGAGCGCCUUGGGCAAGCGUUUAGGAGAUGA